CAUCCUACCUCAAUCUACUACUCCCAUCUCACAGCCUCCAUCCCCCAAACCUCCACCAUGAGCUUCCACGAGUCCGCCGUCCACGGUUCCAUCCGCCUUGAGGGCCCCUUCCUCCACGCCCUCCUCCGCGAUGCGCACGGCCACGAGCACCCCGCCCACAUUGACCUGAACCACUUCAUUGGCAACAUUGACGGCCACUUCCAAUGGGGCGGCCACAACUUCUUCGAGACCGCCCGCGGGGUGCACUUCGACAUCGAGGGCGGGGCCCAUGUCCCCGUCGUGCGCGGUGAGCUCCGCGACGAGCACGGCAACUGGCACGUUCGCGACAUCAACCUGGCCGAGCGUCUGUUCAACAUCGACGGCCACUUCGAGUUCCGGUAG